AAUCCCCUCACACAGUUCAUAGCAAACCAUUUCUUGAGUUAUCAUGGAUACCUUAUUCCUCUCCCAUAUCUUCAAUCUUUUGCUUCUGUUGGUACUAACAUCUGCAAUCAUGUUCCACAAAGGCAUGCAUAGUUUGAGAGAACAGUGUCAUGAAAGAGAUCGCCGUGUCCUCCUAAACUUCAAACACACAAUUGAUGACCCAUCAUCCAUCCUCUCUAGUUGGUCAGAUGAUGGCAGAGAUUGUUGUGAGUGGGUUGGAAUUCGGUGUGACAACGCCACAGAAUUGCGCCUGGAUAGUUGCCAACUUCAAAACAUAAAUCCAUCUCUCCAUGAUGUCAUCACCUCUGUCAACCUGAGCUAUAAUUAUCUUCAUGGCGAACUACCAAAGAGACUGUUGAAUCUUCAAAAAUUAAAAAGCUUGGAUUUGCAUGGCAAUAAAUUGAGUGGACCAAUUCCAGCUUGGUUAGGCCAGCUUGAACACUUGCAAGUUUUUGAUGUUAGUGAGAAUUUAAUUUCUGGCCCUAUUCCUCCUGUUUUGGGAAAUCUAUCAUCCUUGAUUACUUUGAAUCUCAAUUCAAAUAACGUAAAUGGUAGUCUUCCAGAAAGUCUUGGACAGCUCUUGAACUUGGAGAUGUUAUCUUUUCAUGAUAAUCACCUGAUGGGGCAUGUGUCUGAAAGAAAUUUUGUCAGACUCUCAAAUUUGAAAGUUCUUGGUAUGGGAUCUCCAAGCUUAAUCUUUGACUUUGAUUUGUUGUGGGUUCCUCCUUUUCAGCUGAUAGAGUUACAUUUGCUGCACAUGGUGGAUUCCAUAUUUCCUGAAUGGAUAUACACACAAAAAUCUCUUAAGUGUUAA